CUUCUUCAUAAACAUACCAUUACUUCCGUUACUCCUCCACGAAGCAAUUGCAGCUUCAAACAUCAACAAUGAGUCUCGUUAACGCUAGGAACAAGGUGCCCGAGCACCAGAGGUUCUACCAAGCCGCCUACAACAACCAUCAACGCUUGUGGAAGAUUAACCCGCGCUCGAAGUAUUACAUGGUACCGUACCUUGCCCUUCUUUGGGGGGGAUUUGCUGGUUCCGUCUACAUGGGCGCCCGAAAGGUUUCCGGCCACAACACCUGGUUCGGCCAGAACUAGUCCAGUUCGAUGUUAUGUGGAGUGAGGGAAGUUGUGUCCAAUACAUAGAUCUCAAUACACAUUCAAUUGAGACGCAAAUGUGAAGUAAUCGAGAGCAAAUUGGAGUUCAUCGUCAAUCGCACGACACCAACUCAUAUGUUGUCGUUGCUCCAAAAAAGUCCACCGGUGCGAGGGAAUUUUCUUCAAGACUCAUGUCCAUAUUAGGAUACUAAGUAAGGCCAAUGGCCGGAAGUAGAUCGAGCAUGAUCUUCUGGGGUUUUGGUCAAGGCCUGUAAAAAUCACGAGACUUGGCCUUCCCUAGUAGCCUUCGGCUCCAGGAGCCUUGCUGUCUUUCUUCAAACUGACGAGCAACUCACGAAAGCGCUCCUUGCCAGAACCAGCUGCACCACCCUUGAGUCCUUUGCCACUGACAUCCACGAGCUUCGCAAUUCUCUCCCAGCUGGUGCCGCCAGAUACAGUAUCCUCUCGAUUG